ACUCGGGGGAAUAGUAAAAUCGUGACGUCAGAGAUAUUUAUGUCGAAAAGUCAGAACUCUAGGAAGAUGCCUGAAUUUCCGUUUUGGAAUUCCGACUUUUGUAAAUGUUUAACUGUUCUUUUUCUAUAGUUUAUUUCCCGUUUGUUUAUUAUCUAUUUCACUUGCUUUGGCAAUGUAAACAUAUGUUUCCCAUGCCGAUGAAGCCCCGGACAUUGAAAUUGAAGUUGACCGUUCUAAACAACUUUUUCCCAAUCAGAGCUCGUUUUUCCGACUUCCCAGUUGUCUAGAACGCACGGAAGUUCGAUUUAAAGAUUUCCGAGUUCCCAGUUGUCUUGAAACCGACACAAUAUGCCUGAAAGAGAGACUACUGUCAGGAACCGAGGAACGAAGCCGACUGCAUCGCCAAUAUCAAGGAGUUUUUGAGAGGAUGCACAUCCUUGAAAGUAGAGGGAUUUGAACCAGAGUGCCUGUACACUGGGGAGAACUUUAACAAAGUGUUGACCACUCUGCUGGGAGUCAGCUUCGCCACCCAAGACUGUGGCACUGAGAGGUCAUGUCCCCAGUCCGGCACACCUGCUCCUAGCCAGUCCACCACCUCACACACACACACCUCUUCCAGGUCCAAGUCCCUGCGCAGACAAUCCAAACCAGCGGAGAUGUCGGAGAACGGCGGAGGCGGGCUGGUGCUGGUGAAGGCGCGCUUCCAGUUCAAGCAGAACAACGAGGAUGAGCUGUCUUUCAACAAGGGAGACCUGAUCAGUGUGUCGCGCCAGGAGGAGGGCGGCUGGUGGGAGGGCUCGCUCAACGGCAAGACGGGCUGGUUCCCCAGCAACUAUGUCCGCGAGGUCAAGCCCUGUGAUAAACCUGUGUCUCCUAAAGCAUCUCAACUGACCAAGAACUACUACAGUGUGGUGGUGCAGGACAUCCUGGAGCAUGAGAGGGAGUUUGUCAAGGAGCUGCAGACAAUGUUGAGCUGUUACCUACGACCUCUAAAGGCCAGCGACAAGCUGAGCAUUACAGACAGUGGCAGUCUGAGUGGUAACCUGGAGGAGAUCCUCCCCUUCCAGCAGGGUCUGGUUCUUGCUCUGGACGAGUGCACCAAGGUUCCAGAGAGCCAGCAGCGAUUGGCUGCCUGCUACCUCAACCUGAUUGGUCAGAUCAGGAGGCUGUACCAGUCAUACUGUUCCAGUCACCCCUCGGCUGUCUGCGUACUCACUGACCACAGUGAGGAGCUGGGUACGUUCAUGGAGAGCCAGGGGGCUAGUACGCCAGGCAUCCUGACCCUGACCACCAGCCUGAGUAAACCCUUCAUGAGGCUGGACAAGUAUCCCAUCCUGCUGCAGGAGCUAGAGAGACAUAUGGAGGAGGCCCACCCGGACUAUAGUGACAUAUUGAAGGUUACGGUGGCUUUUAAAAGCUUGGUGACCCAGUGUCAGGACCUGCGGAAACGUAAGAACCUGGAACUACAGAUCCUGUCAGAGCCAGUGAGAGGCUGGGAGGGAGACGGCAUGAAGUCUCUGGGUCACGUGGCCUACAUGUCCCUGGUCCACAUGCAGAACGGGACCAAUGAGGAGAAGGAGGAGCGCUACCUCAUGAUGUUUCCUGGUGUGCUGGUCCUGCUGUCUGCUAGUCCACGCAUGAGCGGCUUCAUAUACCAGGGAAGGCUGCCGCUGACAGGCUCCACGGUCUCCAGGCAGACGGAGGACACGGAGAACGGCAUCUACACCUUUGAGAUCACAGGAAGCACAAUGGAUCGCGUCACAGUGUUCUGCAGUAACGCCAAGGAGCUGCAGGAGUGGCUGGACCAUCUCCAUGCCUACAGCGAAGGAGCCAGCCCCGUGGGCACCAUUAUCAAGCCGGUCAGUAUGGUGGGCACCCCCACUCACCUGCCCAGCUUCAGCACCCCCAGCCAGGCCAACCGGGGACCCCUGGAGCCCCCCAAGACCACCAAGCCCUGGUCCCUGAGCUGCUUGCGCCCCGCCCCACCCCUCAAGCCCUCCGCUGCACUGGGCUACAAGGAGAGGAUGUCUUCUAUCUUGAAGGACUCCAGUAAGAGCUCUGGGCCCAUUAAGAAUUUCUUCCCAAAACGCAGAGCAGAAAGAAAACAUUCCGACGAUGAGUUGCUCUUACGGAAAAGUACAGCUGCUCUGGAGGAGGAUGCCCAGAUUCUGAAGGUGAUCGAGGCCUACUGCACAGGGGCCAGCCAGCAUCAGGCCAGCACAGCGGUGAGGAAAGUGUGUGUCCCUCAGGUCCUGCUGCCGGAGGAAGACAAGAUCAUGGUGGAGGAGAUGAAGAACAACGGUCAGACAAGCAUAGAGGAAAAGAGUCUGGUUGAUGCAGUAUAUGCUUUAAAGGAUGAGGUCCAUGAAUUAAAGAAGGAGAAUAAGUGGAUGAAGCAAUGUCUGGAGGAGGAGCAGAAGUCUCGUAAGGAGCUGGAGAGAGUGGUCAGGAAGCUGGCCAAGCAGAAGAACGACUGUGCCUGGGAGGAUGGAGGGCACUGAACAACUCCGAACUACCUACCCAACUACCUACCUACCUGUGUGUGUGUGUGUGUGUGUGACUGCCUUCAAUCCCUACAACACAGAAGGGUUGGAUUCAUGUAUCUGGACAAUGGUUACAGCAACUCUCUGGUCUGACGCUUGGAGGGGGGAGGGGAUAUAACCAGAAGCGAAAAUUCUGAUUGGUUGCCUCCCGUCUACUGGCACUGGUCAACUCUGAUGGAACCAUUUUGGACAAAGGAGAAAUAACUAGUGCUCUAGUGUCACCAGCUGCAUCGCCACUGGACUACUGUGUCUACAUUUUCAAUAGAACAUCUAAUGGGAACGAGAAGCCAUCUUUCAGUUCAAUGGAGUGUUCUCUUGCAUGCACUUGUUUCAGCAGGAGAGCGACUCCCUCAGCCAUAACUAGGGCUCAUCUGUCCCACUCUACAUCUGUUACAGCACUGUUUCUUUAUUUUGGUGUUGAGGACACCCCCUGCAGCCUUGUCGGGAAAGAGCGAGGCUUGCGUCGAGCUUUAGUGAACAUCAUUGGCAUUUUGAGAAUGCACGUUCAAGACGUGAGACUCUGCGUCUCCAAGCUAUUUCAUAGUCCUCGACGCUUUAGCUUUUCAUUUCAGAUGGGUGAGUCCUAUCCAUGGACUAACAAUCAGUCCUCUAGCUCAUGGUAAGUGGAUUUCAAUACCGCUCAUAUCCAAGCUGGUGUUAACAUUAGCGAAUAAUGUCCUUGACUGUGUUUCUUACAAUCAGCAUGGCUGUAAAGUAUUUUUAAAAUAUUGUCACACAUUAGAUGUGACGAUCAAUAUAUAGGCCAAAGCUUUCAGGGAUAUAGAUGUAUAACAAAUAGAAUACCCGUAUAUGGUGUAUUGCGUAUAAAAUAGACACAUGUAAAGAUGAUGACAACGGUGUGGCCUAUACAUUCUUACCGACACGAUAUAACAAUUAAAUACAUGUACUAAUAAUACAUAGCUUUGCUUUAUUCGGGAGUUAAAGAAUAUAUAUUGCUUAUUUAUUUUCCAUGAAAACAUUUCAUUAUGUAGAAACGUGUGUAUUGUAUGUAGGUUAUAUGGUACUGGGAACCCACUUGGGGCGGUCUCUGGGUUUCUGCCUUAAACCAACCCGCACCACAGAAACCACCUCUACAGAAUGAUAACCUAAGGAAAAAACGUUUUCAAGUGAUCUUAUUUAUUUGGCAUUGUCAAUUGGGGAAGACAAAACACAACCCAUUUUGAUUUUAAGAAUUUGGUACCACAGGAACAAUGUUAUUUGUACGUUGUAAACUGUGUCCCACAAUGUGAGUUAGGGUUACAUUCCAAGGAAGUCUCAUUGCAUCAGUGUCCUGCGCCCGUUUUCACAGAGCGUCUGAGUAGGACUGCUGUUCUAGGAUCAGUGUCCUGCGCCUGUUUUCACAGAGCGUCUGAGUAGGACUGCUGUUCUAGGAUCAGUGUCCUGCGCCUGUUUUCACAGAGCGUCUGAGUAGGACUGCUGUUCUAGGAUCAGUGUCCUGCGCCCGUUUUCAGAGCGUCUGAGUAGGACUGCUGUUGUAGGAUCAGGACCCUCUUAACUAAUUAUGGUCUAUAAGGGAACAAAGAUGAUCCUUUUCUUGGACGGUUUAUAAAUACCGUCCCUGGUCUGUCGUUCUUAUGCUUCUUUCUCAUGAGUUAAUGCAGAUGGAGAGAUGUCCCCACUUUGAUUGUGUUGAUGGCGAGUGUAAAGUAUGAGUAGUGGGAUCAAGGGCCUCACAGUGGAUUAAGUUAUGAGGUACAGAGGAAGUGGCAGGGAUUUACAUGCACAGGUUUUCUGUCAUGUUUCACAUUUCAAUGGGACUGAUGGCACUGUUUAGACGUUCUUGGGGACAGGUAAGGGUCGUGUAACGAUUCAAUGUGGAACCGGGCUUUGAUGCCUUAUGUCAAGGCUUUAGGUGAAGGAAUAUUCAGUUGAAUCACAGUACUUCCUCCCAGGAUGACAUGCAGUGCAUGCACUGUCGAAUCUGAUGUCAACCUCAUACUGCAGAGUUCAUGAAGUUCCUACUGCCAAAUGCAAUGUGACCACUUCAGUUUGACUGUUUUUACUUUAGUGUCACUCUGAGACAGUCAGUUUGGCAGUAGACCAGAAUGUAUAAAGAAACGUAUCUCUGUUAAUGUGCAGUGAUGACUCCUUCACCCCCUUAACCAAAAUGGGCCUAUUGCCUUGUCCCUGUUUCUUAGCCACGGUGUUCUCUGUUGUCCUGAUGUAUAGGAGUAUACUGUUACAAGCUGUUGUGUUCAGGUCCCACGGUCUGUCAGGUCAGCUCCACGUUUUGUCACCUGUACAAAUGUCCUUCAGUAUCAUUUGUUUAUGUUUUAUUGCUGAGAUUAUUUUUAUCAAUGCAUUAUUUUAUUUUUUUCAUAAAGUGUCUUAAAGUUUUCAAUGCCUAAUAGCCUAAGCGAGCGCUUAGACUGUUCCAUCCUGCUCAUGACGACUUGUGUCGGCAGACCACUCCACGUGUAUCAUUUGAAAAAGUUGUUUGAUGCAAAAUUAUAACUCCAUUGUAAGGCUUUUUUUUCCUUUCUAGUGGCGGCAUACUUUCAUGUUUUCAGUAUGGUCAUUCUUUUAAUAAAAAUCCAACUUUGA